AUGUCACAGAGGCUCGCUAAGGAGUACAGAUCGCAUGAGAAAACACUUGCAAGCGAUAAGAGCUUUAGCCAUGUUGUGGACUUAAGCCCUGUGUCCGACGAGGAUCUCAGGUCGUGGAAGGCUACUAUCGAGGGCCCUCCAAAAACGCCCUACGAAGGAUUUGAGUUUCAACUAGAAUUGAAAAUUCCACAAAGGUACCCGCUGGACCCGCCCCAGGUGUCGUUUCUGCCCCGUUCCACACCCCAUUGCAACGUUGACUACGACACGGGCCGCAUAUGUCUUGACAUCCUUGAAAAGGACUCCUGGUCACCGGCGUGGGACCUUCUGCACGUCACGCACGCCAUAUGGCUUCUUCUCGCAAAUCCAGUACCGGACUCGCCUCUCGACGUCGAUUUGGCGUGUAUACUUCGCGCUAACGACACCUCGGCUUACAAUGGCCUCGUUCGCUACUACUUGAAGGAUGAGUCACGUGACUAG